AUGUCCUGCUCCAGCCUGUGUGCCCCUUCCUGUGGGGUGGCCGCCCCAUGCCCGCUGGCUGACACCAUCAACGAGCCCUGCGUGCGUCAGUGCCAGAGCUCCUCAGUGGUGAUCCAGCCCCCGGCCUCAGUGGUCACCUUCCCUGGACCCAUCCUCAGCUCCUUCCCACAGCACAGCGUUGUGGGCUCAGCGGGAGUCCCUGCCAUUGCUGGGGGCUAUGGUGGCAGUUAUGGAGGCUAUGGUGGAUUUGGAGGCUAUGGAGGCCUUGGUGGCUAUGGUGGCUAUGGAGGCCUUGGUGGCUACUGGGGCUACGGAGGCUACGGGGGCUAUGGUGGCUAUGGACGUCUUGGUGGCUUUGGAGGCCUUGGUGGCUAUGGUAGCUGUGGAGGCUAUGGAGGCCUUGGUGGCUACGGAGGCUUUGGUGGCUAUGGAGGCUUUGGGGGCUGUGGUUACGGAGGCUGGGGCAGAGGCCUCCUUCCCUUCGGUGCCAGCUGUGGGAGCUGCUAA